AUAUGUUUAAUGCCGCUUCUUCUUCUUCUUCUACCUCACUGCUAGUGGGUUUCGUCUAGAAAAUAAAAAAAGCAUGAAGAUUUGAUCGGAGAUGUGUGAAGAUCAGAUUUUUCGUCGCUGAUCGUCGUACAUUAUCAUCUGGUUGUCUAGUGUGAAUCAUCAUCACAGUUUUGGAGGUGAAAGUUUGCAUUUUUUCCCCUUUGGUGAGUGUGUGUAUAUAUUAGUCAAGAUGGAUCGAGGAAGACAUGAGCCAGAGUGUGACGAAUUAGAGAAGCUUCUUGGUGAGAUCCCAAAAGUUACUUCAGGAAAUGACUAUAACCAUUUCCCUAUAUGUUUGAGCUCCAGCAGAUCGUCAUCACAACCUAUCAAAAAGGUGGAUCAAUUCCAAGAACAGUAUGUUCCUGAAGACCGCUCAUUUACCACUUCUUUUCCUGAGUCAAACUCAAACUUUGGAUUCCCAAAUCAAACUCCAGAAUCUCCCUAUCCUAUGUUCAUUAACAGUCCUUCCUACCACUCUCCAAGUGUUUAUGACAAAUUUGAUUCAAGAAAACUCGAUCAGCUUAUGUUUAGGAAGCUGCAACAAGUUGGAUGUUUUCCUAAUUACUCCCCCGGGAUCUCACCUGCUCAGCCGCAGCAUUACCUGCCACCCUCUCAGCCUCUGUCUCAUUAUCCACCGUUCGAUCAGUCUCAUAUGAAUUGGAGGAAUAUUGAAGAAGAUAAUUUGCAGAGGCUUAAACUGCAAGAAGAACAGUAUUCGUCAAUGAACUCUCAUUUCCUCCAUCUUUACAAUAAUAAUCAGAGCAUGCGUACUUCUCCAAGACAGGAACAUUUUGAUUAUCGCCAAGCUGAACAGUCUAACAGGAACUUAUUUUGGGAUGGAGAAGAUGGUCAUGAAAGAGUGAGGAGUAUGGAUGGGUUAAGGAAGAUGUACUAUCCAGAGAAAAUUUUGAUGAAAUCACAGGUCGGUUUGAACACCGCUAAAGUCAUUAAGUAUGGUGCUGGAGAUGAUUCACAAGAUGGACGACUUUGGUUGCAGAAUCAACUUAAUGAAGAUCUCACAAUGAGCCUCAAAAAUCUGUCACUGCAGCCUCAGAAGUAUAACUCUCUUGCAGAGGCAAGGGGGAGGAUAUAUUACUUGGCGAAGGAUCAGCUUGGUUGUCGCUUCUUGCAGAAAAUAUUUGCUGAGAAUGAUGGAAAUGAUAUAGAGAUCAUCUUUAGUGAGAUCAUUGACUAUAUCAGUGAGCUUAUGAUUGAUCCAUUCGGAAAUUAUCUGGUCCAAAAGCUGCUCGAAGUGUGCAAUGAUAAGCAGAGGAUAGGGAUAGUACAUUCCAUAACUAGAAAACCAGGACUGCUUAUCAGAAUCUCUUGCGAUAUGCACGGGACUAGAGCUGUUCAAAAGAUCGUUGAAACGGUUAAGCGACAAGAGGAGAUUUCAAUAAUCAUCUCUGCUUUGAAGCAUGACAUUGUGACUUUGAUAAAGAAUGUAAACGGUAAUCACGUUGUUCAGCGAUGCUUGCAGUAUUUAUUACCUCACUGCAGAAAGUUUCUUUUCGAAGCUGCAAUUACUCAUUGUGUUGACCUUGCAACUGAUAAACAUGGAUGUUGUGUUCUUCAAAAAUGUCUGGCCCAUUCUGAAGGCGAACAAAAGAAACAAUUAGUAUCUGAAAUUGCGUCCAAUGCUCUAUACCUCUCCCAAGACCCUUUUGGGAACUACGUUCUUCAAUAUGUCUUUGAGCUUCAACUUCAAUGGGCAACCUUCAAAAUCCUCGAGCAAUUAGAAGGAAGCUACACAGAGUUAUCAAUGCAGAAAUGUAGCAGCAAUGUUGUUGAGAAGUGUCUGAAACUAGCUGAUGACAAACACCGAGCUCGCAUCAUCAAAGAACUGAUAAACUAUGGUCGUCUAGAUCAAGUGAUGCUUGAUCCGUAUGGAAACUAUGUCAUCCAAGCAGCUCUUAGACAAUCCAAGGGGAACGUGCAUGGUCUUUUGGUUGAUGCCAUCAAGCUUCAUAUCCCAUCUCUACGUACCAAUCCAUACGGUAAAAAAGUCCUCUCUGCACUUAGCUCGAAGAAGUAAACCAGAGCAGGUUUGUAGCCUAAUGUUGCUGUUUGUUGUUGGUAAAGUUACCUUGUAAAUGUAAUGUAAUAAGAGCAUAAUUCGCUGGUUCUUUUUUUGCUGUUGUUUGAAGGAUUCAAAGAGACAAAAAGAUCACAUAGAAUGUCUUUAAAUCUUAAUAUAUAAUUCCCCUCUCUGUUUAGACUCUUUCCUUUGUACAAUUUGAUAAAUCAUAUCAAAUGUUUCUUAUGUUUAGUAUA